AUGGGCACCUACGCAGUUUUAGGUUCCACUGGCAAUUGCGGUACCGCGCUGAUCAGGAACUUGCUCAAUUCACCAGAGACAAGAAUCAAUGCCUAUUGUCGCAACAAGAAUAAACUUCUUCGACUUCUCCCAGAAGCAGGCACUGAGAAACGACUGCAAAUCUUCGAAGGAAGCAUCAACGAUGUUGAGCUCCUCACUUCAUGCAUUCGAGGCGCUCACGCCGUGUUUCUGGUGGCCUCUACCAACGACAAUAUUCCUGGUUGUCGAGUUGGGCAAGAUACCGCAAUUGGCAUCAUUCACGCUCUGCAAGUUCUGAGAUUCGAGUCCAAUGAUCGCUUGCCAAAACUCGUCCUCCUCUCUUCCGCAACUCUUGAUGAUGUAUUGUCUAGUGGUACGCCUGUCUUCUUACGCAGCAUAUUACUUAGAUCUGCAUCAAAUGUCUAUCACGAUCUUCGAGAAACAGAGAAGCUCCUUCGCGCACAAGAGGACUGGGUGACCACUAUCUACAUCAAACCGGGUGCACUUGCCGUGGAUGAACAACGAGGCUAUGCGUUGAGUCUCACUGAGGAAGGGGAAGUUUUGUCAUAUCUCGAUCUCGCUGCUGCGAUGAUCGAAGCUGCAGAUGACGAAGAUGGCCGCUGGGAUCUGAAAAAUGUUGGUGUUGUCAACAGAAAUGGAAGUGCGAGCUUUCCUAAAGGAACCCCCUUGUGUAUUGUCAUGGGACUCUUGAACCACUAUUUUCCAUUCUUAUACCCGUACCUUCCGUCCACGGGUCCCUGA